AUGGGGCGCGGGGAUAUCCGGCGCGCGUACACGCUCGGGCGGGAGCUGGGGAAGGGCGGAGGCGGCGUGGUGCGCGAAUGCCUGGACCCGUUGACGGGCGAGCCCGUGGCGGCCUGCAAAACCAUUCCCAAGUCAAAGCUCCAGACCGUCUCACCUACCCGCAAUCCGAGACGCGCUCAGCUGCUCACCCCCCCCCUCCCGCCAGUUCGUUCCCCGGUUCCUAACUUUCCCCAUUUCCCCCUCCGCCUUAUCCCAAUUUCCCCAAUUUCUCCGCCGUCCUCCGAUUUCUCCGCCUCCCUCCAGCGCCCGGACCUGGUGGAGGAGCUGCGCGCGGAGGUGGCGGCGAUGCGGCGGCUGGCGGGGCACGCGCACGUGGUGCGGCUGCUGGCGGUGUACGAGGACGACCACGCGGUGCACGUGGUCAUGGAGCUCUGCACGGGUGGCGAUCUCUACGACUUACUGACGGCUGCCACCACACUUCCAGAGCCCAUCGCUGCGCAGCUGACAAGUCAAAUCCUGAAGGCGCUAAGUCACUCCCAUCGCAACGGCAUCCUGCAUCGCGACAUCAAGCCGGAGAAUAUCCUACUAGCGAACCCGGUAACUGUACAAGACGUGCAGGUCGCGAUCAUCGACGCUGCUGUACCCGCGACAGGAGCAACAGCGAAAAUGGAAGGCGAAACGGUUUCUACAGUACCAGCAUCUGAUUCUCACGCGGAAGAUGAGAUUAUGCGCGAUGUGAAUAUAAGCGGCGGGCCUGUCAGCAGCACUGUAGCAUGUGCGGGUGGUGGCGCCAGCACCGCCAGCAGCAGCUUUGGGGCGAAAGGUGGGUUGCUGCGGGAAGGGGGGCGCGGAACAGAGGAGGGGGAUGGGGAAGAGGAGGGGGAGAGGGCGGAAGGCGCGGGGAACGCCCUGCAUGUUAAGCUUGCGGAUUUCGGGCUGUCUGUUGUGCUUAAAACGGGGCAGCUUGCAGUGGGUAUGCAUGGCAGCAACGUGUAUAUGGCGCCAGAGGUGGUGUGCAGGAAACCGUACGGUUUGGCGAUUGAUUUAUGGGGUCUUGGAGUUAUCCUCUUUACAGCGCUCUCCGGUUACAUGCCCUUUUGGGGUAACACGGAUGAAGAGCUUUUCGUCCGUAUCCUGCGCGGCCGCCCGGAUUACGCCAGCGAUCCGUGGCCGUCGAUUAGCGCGGAGGCAAAGGAUCUGGUCCAUCGAUUGCUCACAAUUGAUCCACCGCGUCGGAUCACUGCUGACGUGGCGCUGCAGCACCCGUGGAUCUUGAAGCAUUGCGGUGCAUCUGCACCGUCCAUUCCAGCAUCUCUGGGCGAGCCUGCUGGCGUCAAUCCCAAGGCACCUUCUCACCCAUCCCCAGCUGCAAAGGAUAUCCAUAUGCACACGGACACGAAUGCACACCAGCAGCAGCCGCAGCAGCAGCAGCAGAGGCGGAAUCACGAGUCCAAGUCCUCCCCUGCACAUUCUCCCACCAUCUCCUCCGCUUCCUCCGCUGCCUCCUGUCCCACGCCCUUCACUCUCCCCCACUCCGCCGCUCUGCCCACUCCCCAUCCCGCUCAUACCGCCACCCCUCUGCCUGCCACGGCUGCUGCUGUUUCUCUGAGCGCACCUAUGGGCGCGGUCUCUCUUCCAUCACCCUUGCCUGCUGUGACCCAACCUGAGGAUAUUAAUAUUGAUCCAUCCCGAGGAUCUGCUGUGACCCAUCCACAGGAUAUUGAUUUUGUUGCCCACCCAGCAGUCUUCACUGCUAUGUCUCACCCACCAGUCACAGCCUUCACUGCUGCUUCCCUCCCAGCAGCUAUCACCGUCCGCCCUUCAUUUGUCAAGCCCAUGCCUCCGCCCUCGCAGCUUGCUUCGGCCGGGCCUCCUCCAGCAGCUUUGGCCGCUGCUCACGCAUCUGCUUCGGCAACAGCUUUGGCGACAGGUUCGGAACCAGCCUUGACAAGUGCAUCGACGCCAGCAGCUUCCGCGCCUGUGGUGGGCGGUACGAGUGGGGGAGUCACAGAUUCUGUUGCAUCUGCAUGUGAAGAGCAAACUGCCGCGGCCGUGGUGCCUUCUUCUCUCUACUUCACUCCUGGUACUUUUGCUGCAGAAGCAGCAACUGUGCCAGCGGCAGGAGCACUAACAGCAGCUGCAGUUACAGCAGCAACAGAGUCCACAGUUCCGCUUCACCCCAUUGCUGCCAUGUCUGUUGAUCAUCCGUUUUCCGUCUCCUCGCCAGCAGCAGCACCAACGUCACAUACACCCGCCCCACCUGCUCCUACCCCACAUGAGCCGACCCCACUUGCGGCUACUGCACAUGAACCCACCUCCAUCGGGUCUGCUGCCUUAGUUGAACCUGCUAUUGAGCCUUUGAGGCGUGCCUGUAGAGCACACAAGGGCCGCACGGGGGUGUUCCGAGUGUCAUCUGGUAGGAGGAGAGACGCUCAUGCAACAGCCGCCCCAGCCCCCUCUGCUUCUGUUCCUAGUGCCACCGCUGCUGGUGCCGCUGCUGGUGCUGCUGCUGGUGCUGCUGCUGGUGCUGCUGCUGGUGGUGCUUCUGGUAGUGGUGGUGGGUCCUUUGGUUCUGCUAGUGGUGCCAUGGCCAGUGCUACUAGCAAGCUCGCCUCUCUUUUCUCCCUGGGUGCCGCACCUGCAGCCAAGGCACGGAAGAAUGCUGCCGGAGCUGGCGUUUCAGGUUCGGGAGUGCCAGGUUCGGGAACGUCUGCGCUGUUCCGAGCCAGGCCGUCGGGCCUGAGCAGCCCGUUCACGUUCUUCUCUCCCAAGAGGAAGAUCCGAAAGUCGCAAGUGGUUGUGAACAGUGCUGCAGCUGCAGGGGUGGCAGUUGCGGGCGGCGCUAGUGGGGGAAUGGAUAUGGCUGUGGAUGGGACUGAUGGGCCUGGGGAGGAGGAGGAGGAAGAGGAGGAAGAGGAGGAGGAGGUGGAGGAGGGAGAGGGUGAGGGAGAACAGGAGCAGCAGGAGGGUGAAGUGGGAGGGAGAGCAGAUUUGGCUGGGUACAAUAGUGCAGUGCUGAGUGCUGCAGCUGCUGCUGUGCUGCACACCCACUUGAACGGCCAGAAUGAAAAGCUGCAGCAGGGGAAGAACCAAUCGCAGCCUCACCAGCCUUGGCAGAGGAACGGGAUGAUCUGCAGCCUCGGCAGCACUGGAGCUGCGAGCAGCGUCGGCACCAUAGCUGAGUUCCGGGCUCGGUUGUCCCCGGCGGUCACUCUUGACCGAACCGCCGCUCCCGAGCCUGUGGCGGUGUAUUCGAGCACAGGAGGCGUGCUGCCAGCUGUCAGCGCAGCAUUGGGUGGAGGGCAAAUGGGGCAAAAUCCGGAAGCAGAGGGUGGGAUGGAGAAAGGAGGGAUGGAGGUUGAUGGAGCGACAUGUGAAGGAGGCAUGUUGGAUGUUGUGACAGCCUUUUCAAUUCUCAGGACUAACUCUAUACAUGGUGGUGCUGCUGCUGCUCUAUCAGCAGAAGCACCACAAGCAGUAAGAGAGGCCACUGGUGUAGCCACAGCUAGUGGCAAGCCAGAGGCACUUGCAGCCACCCCGAUGCUCCAGUCUCUCCGCCUCGACGCCGCGCUCGCAGCGCCGUCGCGCGCGACCGUGCCCGCCUCCUCCUUCGUCUGCCCGCAGAUUAGCCUCCGGUCAAGCCGCGUCCUUAGCGGACGGCGAGUGGCGGCGGCGGAGCGGUCCGCGGUAGCUGCGCGCGUGCAGGCGGUGGCGGAGCUGUUCCCGUCCGUGGAGGGCGCGGAGGACGCGGGGGAAGCGGAGGAGGUUGAAGCGCCCGUAGUGAAGGCGAAGACGGGGAAGAAGGCGCUUUUGUUCAAGAGGGACCAGACCCGAUCGAAGCGGUUCUUGGAGAUUCAGAAGCUGCGCGACCGCAACAGCGAGUACGAGCCGGUGGAGGCGCUGGAAAUCGUCAAGGCGACGGCUUCCGUCAAGUUUGACGAGUCCGUCGAGGCGCACUUCCGCCUCAACAUCGACCCGAAGUACGCCGACCAACAGCUGCGCGCCACGGUGUCUCUGCCCAAGGGAACCGGCCAGGUUGUUCGGGUUGCUGUGCUCACCCAAGGAGAGAAGCAGAGGGAGGCGACGGACGCGGGUGCGGACGUGGUGGGCGCGGAGGAUCUGAUUGAGCGCAUUGCGGGCGGCUUUCUCGAGUUUGACAAGCUCGUCGCCACCCCCGACAUGAUGCCCAAGGUGGCGCGUCUGGGUCGUCUGCUGGGUCCACGUGGCCUCAUGCCCAAUCCCAAGGCCGGCACCGUCACCACCGACCUUGCUUCGGCGGUGGUGGACUUCAAGGCGGGCAAGGUGGAGUACAGGGCGGACAAGACUGGCAUCGUGCACGUGCUCUUCGGCAAGGCCUCCUUCUCCAACGAAGACCUCCUCACCAACCUUGUUGCUGUCGCUAACUCUGUGGAUGCGAAUCGCCCACCAGGCGCCAAGGGAGUGUACUGGAAGACUGCUUACAUCUGCGCUACAAUGGGCCCGUCCGUUCGUGUAAAUGUGUCGGCCUUGAGGGACUUCAAGCUGCCCACUGCCUCAUCCCGCCGCACGGGCCCGUUCACCAUGGGCUCGGAGCAGCGCGGUGUGUUCACGGUGGGCAGCAGUGUGUGGGUGCCGGACGAGGAGGAUGCAUGGGCGGAGGGCGAGGUGGUGGCCGUCGAGGAUGGCGGAGGGGGUGCGGGCGGGCAGGUGGUGGUGCGGACCACAGGGAAGAAGAAGCGCGAGGUGACGGUAGCAGCGGGUGCGUGCUAUGCAAGGGAGGAGGAUGGGGGAAUCAUGGACGAUAUGGUCAAGAUGGCCUACCUUCACGAGCCAGGAGUGCUCUCCAACCUCAUGCUGCGCUACCAGCGCAACCUUAUUUAUACGUACACGGGCAGCAUUCUGAUCGCAGCAAACCCCUUCAUGCGCAUACCAGGCAUCUACGACCGGGAGAUGAGGGAGGCGUACAGAGGGGCACAGAUCGGUGACCUCAGCCCUCAUGUCUUCGCCAUUGCUGAUAACGCGUACAGGGCGAUGGUGGAUGACAAGCGCAGCCAGUCGAUUCUGAUCAGCGGGGAGAGCGGGGCGGGCAAGACAGAGACAACGAAGCUGGUCAUGGAGUACCUGGCUUCCGUGGGGGGCCGGUCCGAGGCCACUGAGGGGCGCAGCAUUGAAAGCCAAGUGCUGGAGUCCAACCCAUUGCUAGAGGCCUUUGGAAACGCCAAGACGGUGCGCAACGACAACUCGAGUCGCUUCGGCAAGUUCAUCGAGAUCCAGUUCGACCAGCGCGGCCGCGUGUCCGGUGCCGCCAUCCGCUCCUACCUUCUAGAGCGGUCCAGAGUGGUGCAGAUAGCAGACCCCGAGCGCAACUACCACUGCUUCUACCAGCUCUGCGCCGGCGCUUCCCCUGAGGAGGCAGAGAAGUACCGUCUUCCUCCAGGGCCAAACAGAGCGGAAAAGUUUCACUACCUGAAGCAGAGCAAGUGCAUUGAGCUGGAGGGGAAGCGCAGCAACGCGGAGGAGUAUGCGAUCACUCGGAAUGCCAUGGACGUGAUUGGGAUCUCCCAGGAAGAACAGGCAUCCAUAUUCGGCAUAGUGGCGGCCAUUCUGCAUCUGGGCAACGUGGAGUUCAAGGAGAAGGGCGACAAGAUGCGCAUCGCCAAGCACUCGGAAGAGGCCCUUGAGAACGCUGCACACCUGCUCUCGUGCGACAAGAAGAAGCUACAGGAGUCGCUGUGCACGAUGAAGCGCAAGGUGGGAGGCGAGGUGAUCAAGAGCUAUUUGGAUGAGAAGGGCGCUGUGGUGCGCCGAGACACGCUCGCCAAGACUCUCUACUCCAAGCUCUUCGACUGGAUAGUGGAGAAGGUGAAUCGGUCCAUCGGGCAGGACGCCAACUCCAUGGCGCUCAUUGGUGUGCUCGAUAUCUACGGCUUCGAGCACUUCAAGCUCAACAGCUUCGAGCAGUUCUGUAUCAACCUGGCAAACGAGAAGCUUCAGCAACAUUUUAACCAGCAUGUGUUGAAGCUAGAGCAGGAGGAGUAUGAGCGAGAGGAGAUCAACUGGAGCUACAUCAACUUCCGGGACAACCAGGAUGUGCUGGACCUAGUUGAAGGGGACAAGGGUAUCCUCACUCUGCUCGACUCUGCUUGCAAGUUAGCCCAGUCCACACCGGAGUCAUUCACCAUGUCUCUCUACGAUGCCUUUCUCAAGCACGAGCGAUUCACCAAGUCAAAGGGCUCUGUCACUGACUUCACGCUGGAGCACUACGCGGGGCGAGUCAAGUACAGCACCACGGAGUUCAUCAGCAAGAACCUCGACGCCGUGGUAUCAGAGCACGAGGCGCUGCUGCAGAAAUCCACCGAUCCGUUUGUGGCCGCACUGUUUCCAGCAGCAGUGGAGGAGGUGAAGGAGGGCGGGGGCAAGGGCGGCAAGGCCACCACCAAGUUUGCGUCCCUGGGGAAAUCGUUCAAGCUGCAACUGUCGCAACUGAUGGACACUCUGAACCGCACAGAACCGCACUACAUCCGGUGCAUCAAGCCCAACUCCAAGAGCCGACCAGCGCUGUUUGAGAAGAGCAUGGUGGUGGAGCAGCUGCGGUCGGGGGGAGUGUUGGAGGCCAUUCGCAUGUGCUCUGCGGGCUACCCCACGCGCCGCCUCUUUGACGACUUUAUCGACAGAUUCGCACUUCUCAUCCCCUCGCUCUUUGACAAGGAGAUGUCGGACCCGGAGUAUGUGGAGGUCAUUCUGCGCCACGCCAAGCUGGAGAACUACCAGAUUGGCAAGUCGAAGGUAUUCCUCCGGGCAGGCCAAAUGGCUCUGAUGGAGAUGCGUCGUCUCGAGGUCAUGAACGCCGCAGCGGCCCGCAUUCAGCGUGCCACGCGCCGCUUCCUCUUCCGCCUGCACCGCGCCCGCGCUGCCCUCUGCAUCCAAAAGUUCUGGCGCGCCUACACGGCACGGCUGUUCGUGUACCACCUGCGGCGGCGGCUGGCAGCAACGUGUAUCCAGCGCAUGGAGAGGGGCCGGCAGCAGCGCAUGCGCUUCCUCAUGCUGCGGCGAGCUGCCAUCACCAUCCAAGCCAAGUACCGCAUGCACCUCUAUCGCACGCGCUACCUGCACAUGCGGGAUAACCUGGCUGCCACGUGCAUUCAGUGUCACUGGCGGGGCUAUGUGGCGCGCAAGCCCUGGAAGGCCCUGCGGCAGUACUUGUUUGCACGGCUGGCCAGGCUGCGAUAUAAGAACCUCAAACUGGAGGCGGCUCGCAUUGCUGAGCUGGCACCGCCGCGCAAGAAGACGGAGGUGGCGAUGGAUACGAUCCGCAUGAUGGUGCUGCGCGUGCAGAGAGACAAGGCGGAGAAGGGGCGACAGGCGUUGGAACGCCAACUGGCAGAGGCAAGAGAGGAGGUGGAGGGGCGCGGCAGGGAGAUAGCGGCACGCGGCAGGGAGAUAGCCCGGCUGCAGGAGAUGCUGGAUGCGGAACAGGCGAGGGCAGAGGCUGCAGAGGCUGAGGUGCGGGCGAUGGUGGCGGAGAGGGAGGAGCAGCGUGAGGAGCAGCAGCAGCACUUGGUGAAAAUGAAGGAGCUCGACAGCAGCAGGCGCCCCAUGCGGCCCCGUGCCGCCUCCUCUUCAGGCUCAGGCUGGCAGGUCCCCUCAGAGGACGUUGACUUUGACCACGAGGUGGGGGCAGCAGCAGAGCAGGACCGAGGGCCCUUGAGUGCUGACCGCGGCCCUCCCAGCUCCGAGAGACCCAGGAGAAUGUCCGCGGGCACAGGCGGUGGAGGUGGAGGGGGAGGCGGAGGAAGGGAGUUUGGGCGGUAUGGGAGCAGCUCGUUCCGGGGCUCGCCUGCCCGGGAGUUUGAGGGGGGAGCGCGGGUGGGGCGAGGGGAGGAGGGGUCGUGGAGCGGGAGGAAGCUGGGAGGGGUGGGGUCGAGAUCGGCCCGGAGUGGGGCGAGUGAGGCGUCGCCGCGAGGAGGCGUGGGGAUGGGGAUGGGAACUCCGCCCACGCCUGGAGGGAGUGCGGCGGGGACGCCGCGGGGGAAGAGUUUGACGUUUUCGGCGAGCAACUUUGAUAAGAUCCUCGCGAGCAUGCAGCGCGAGGUGGAGAUCGCACAGAAGAUGCGAGAGGAGAACAACUGGCUGCGGGCAGCAUACAAGGAGGCGGUCCACAAGGCAGAGGUGGCGGCAGCGCUGGCGGGGGCAGAGAGGGCGAGAGCUGAGGAGGCAGAGAGGAACGUGGCAGCGCGGGAGGAGGAGAUGCGGGAGGCUCUGGCACGGUGCCAUGAGCUGCAGGAGAAGCUGCUCGGGAAAUCGCGCGAGGUGCGCACGUUGAGUCAGAGGCUGAUUGCCUUCCAGGCCAGCAUGGCUAACGCCAAUCCCGCCAUGCCCAUUGACAAGCAGCAGGAGGUACUGUUGAACGAGAUAGCAGUGAGCCGCUUCCCCUUCGGCCCGCAGGGUCAACCAGUGGCGGCGUGUGUGGUGUACCGGUCGCUGCUGCACUGGCGGGUGUUCCAGGCCGAGAAGACCAACGCGUUUGACCGCAUCAUCGAGACCUUCCAGAUGGUCUCUCGGUCGGACGACAUGAGCACGCUCAGCUACUGGCUCAGCAACCACGUCGUGCUACUGUAUCUGGUUCAGGUGGUGUACAAGCCGCCAGCGGAGAAGCCCAAGCUCGAGCGCGUCACCACAUUUGGCUUUUUUGGUGCUCGGCCCCCCACUCCGCCGCGACCCAGUGCAACGAUGCAGCAGGUGGAUCUGAUGUUGUUCAAGCAACAGCUGGCGACGGGCAUCGAGCGGCUGUAUGUGACCAUCCGCGACAGCGCCAAGUCAGAGCUCGCCGUGCACUUCAACCCGCAGCUGCAGGCACGAGGGGCGGAGGCGGAAUCAGGUGAGGGAGGAGAGCUGGGGGAAAAUGGGGGAGGAGGCCCGGGCAUCCCCCCGGCAGGGGCGAGGGGGAGGGGGCGGGGAGGGCGGGCGCCGCAGCGCAACGCAGCGACGGCGAUGCGGAAACACAUCAUGUCGUCGUGGACCAAUGUGGUGAUCACUCUUCGCCACAUCAUCGGGAACCUCGUGGCCAAUCACGUGCCGGCAGCCCUGCUGGACGCGCUCAUUCGCCAGCUGCUAUUUUUCGUUAACAUGAAGAUAUUUAACAGCCUCAUGGUGCGCGCGCAGUGGUGUCCGUGCACGUACAGCAACGGGGAGAUGAUGGAGGAGGGGCUGAGCCGCCUGGAGCAGUGGGUGCAUGACGUGGAGGUGCAGCUGAGGGAGGUGCUGGGUGGGGAGAGAGAACCCUUGAGGAAGGAGCUGAGGCACCUGCAGCAGACGAUUCUCUUCCUGACACUUGACCACAAACCAAGGAGAACUCUGGAGGAACUACGGAUGCUCUGUCCCGAUUUAAGUAUGAACCAGCUGGUGCACAUGUGCAUUUGGUACGAGGACGACAAGUACGGCACCAAGGGCGUGGACCCGAGUGUGAUCGAGCAGAUGUGGAGCGAGAUGGUGGACGACAGCCCCAUGCUGCUAAGGGACGGUGAAGGCAUCCCCUUCACAACGGACGAGAUCGUGCACAGCCUACCCGAGAUAAACCUGGACGAGGUGGAACCUCCCCCCGAGCUCCAAGACGACCCCACCUUCCACUUCCUCCUCCCCCUCACCUCCGUCCCCUCCGUCCCCUCCACCCCGACCGCCGCCUCCCACACUCCCCGCAACGCCUCUCCUCGCGUGCCUCCCUCUGUGCCAUCAUCUAUCCCCCGAUCGGCAUCGCUCUCUACCGCGCAUUCUCGGCCCGGCACCGCUCCCCACCCCAUGGGUGGUGGUACUCCCAGGGCUGCCGGGACGUCGUCGGUUACGAGUACGCCUCGUGUGCCGUCGAGCCCUUGGGAUUACUUUCGGGGGCGAGGGGCGUGGAAGAGUGAUGAUGCGUGA